UUUUCAUAUUGCCGGUUGUGUGUUAGUUUGGACUUUGAUUAUUUUUUAACAAGAAUUUUUGUUAUGUUUUGGAAUUUUAAAAAUUAAUUAACAGUUCGUGGAUGAUACAUUUGUGUUUGAAACAAGUUCGCUGUGUGUGUUGAGGGGAUUUCGACUGAAUUUUAUGUUAUGUUUUGUAUUUAAAAUAUAAAGUUGUUGUGAUCGAUAAAAUUAUAUUUGGCGAUCUUUUUGCUGUGGCAUUCACAUGACCUGGUGAUUGGUUAGCCGUGGUCUCCAUCAGCUGACAGAUAAUGCGCGAGAUGAAAUAGUUGUCACAAAGGCAGCCAAACCGACCAUCAUGGAAGAUCAAGACAAGGAUGAGGGGCCUGGCGUGCCCGACAUGACGAUGAUGCCGCUCAUCACAGAAGACGCCAUAAAUGAGAACCUCAAGCGGCGUUAUAAACACGACCUUAUAUAUACAUAUACAGGUUCAAUACUUGUGGCAGUCAACCCGUACAAGGAGCUGGGAUGUUAUAAUUUCGAAGAUAUGCAAAAUUACCGUGGCAAAGCAUUUGGUGCUCUUUCUCCACAUGUCUUCGCGUUGGCCGAAUCAGCGUACAGCUCCUUACAGAAUGGCGAGAAAAAUCAAUCAGUUGUAAUAUCGGGAGAAAGUGGUGCCGGGAAAACGGAGACAACCAAACUAAUUCUUCAGUACCUCUGCGCGGCUGGUGGACAGGCUUCGUGGGCUGAACAGCAGAUCCUCGAAGCCAACACUGUAUUAGAAGCAUUCGGAAACGCCAAGACAGUGCGAAAUGAUAAUUCAUCGCGUUUCGGCAAGUUUGUUGAAGUUCGACUCGACCAUCGUGGAGGUAUAAGAGGCGCAGUAUUAAGAGAUUUUCUUCUCGAACGAGCGAGGAUCACUGGCCCAGCGCCGAGAGAAACCAACUAUCAUGUCUUCUAUCAGUUGGUAGAGGGCGCAAGACAUAAUGCAGAACUCAAGAACAUCCUUCGCCUCCGAGAUGGUGUCACCUUCAAGUACCUUCGACCUGAAGAUGAAGAAGCCAGAAGCCGUGGUGGGGAACAGGGCAAGUUGGAGGCAUUACAACUGGCUCUAACAGUGCUCCAAGUACCUCCACACAUGUGCGAAGGCUUAUUCAAAGUAUUGGCUGCGGUGUUAUGGCUGGGAAAUAUACAGUUUCAGGAUAUAGAUGGUGAACGUACCACACUGGCCCCAGAAGACGCUGAAGCCGUAGAUGCAGUAGCUAAUUUAUUAGGAUUGGCUCCGCCCACUGCGCAACGAGUACUAUUGGAGAGACAGAUCAACGUGCGAGGAAAUGUCACAGAUAUUCCGUUUAGAUUGCCCGAGGCAAGAGAAAACCGUCACGCUAUGGCCCGUGCUUUAUACUCGCGAACAUUUGCCUGGCUCGUCCGCCAUGUCAACAGCUGUUCUGCACCUGGAAGAGAGGCGAGACGUGCUUUAGGAGUUCUAGAUAUUUUCGGCUUUGAGAACUUCGCAUCUAAUUCUCUUGAACAGCUAUGCAUCAACUAUGCGAAUGAGAAACUGCAUAUGUUCUUCAACAAUUAUGUGUUCGCGUUGGAGCAAGAAAUUUACCGUCAGGAAGGUAUAAUAUACAACCAAAUACCAUUCACGGACAAUGCUGCCUGUCUAGAGUUGCUCGAGAAACCACCAAGAAGUCUGCUCAAACUGCUCAGCGAGCAAUGCCAUAUGCCCAAGGGCUCCGAUAGCGCUUACCUAACAAACAUCCAAAGUGAAUUCGGCGAACAUCAGACGUUCGUGAAAGGAUCGCGUAGAAAAUGGGAAGAGGAAUUCGGCGUACAACAUUACGCGGGCACGGUUACGUACAGCGUACACGGGUUCGUUGAUAAGAAUCGAGAUACCCAACAAGACGCGUUCAUAGACCAUCUCAGUCGAUCCGCUAAUCCAUUUGUACGAGAAUUGGCGGAUUAUGUACAGGAUUUAGCACCGCCCGGACAGGACGUUUCUCUAUCGAGUCCCGGUUCAACAAGUACAACACAACGAGGCACUUCUAAAGGACGACCAACUGUUGUCGACACGUUUAGAGCGCAAUUGCAGUCUUUAGUCGACAUGUUACAGGUUACUGAUGUUUGGUACGUCCGUUGUAUAAAGCCAAACGAGAACAAAGUGGCUGGUAAAUUCAAUGAAAAACUUGUGUUAGAACAACUCAGAUAUUUGGGCAUGAACGAGAUAGUACGGAUCAGAAGAGACGGGUAUCCGGUUCACUUACCAGCACCGCUGUUCCGAGCUCGGUACAGAUGUCUCCUACCCCAUCCGAGGCCCUUAGAACCGGAUAUAACAGACAUUAUGUCACUCGUAAAUGCACCAAAGGACGAUUGGCAAAUUGGUCAUACAAAAAUAUUCAUGAGGAGUUCAGUACACGCACCUCUUGAAGCUAAAAGGACGGCCUUGCUACAGUCAUCGGCUUUACUCAUUCAAAAGUGGUUCAAAGGUUCGAUAUCGCGUCGUCAAUAUCUUCAAUGGCGGAAGGCGGCAAUCGUACUUCAAGCCGCGUGGCGAGGCUGGUACGAAAGAACUGUCUUUUUGCGACUUCGAAGAGCUGCUCUUACACUGCAGAGGCAUCUGAGAGGAGCCUUUGCGAGAGAAGUGGCUGCUGCUUUGAGGGAAAUGAAGAGAGUCAAUCAGGAGAUCAAAUUAAGGGAAGAGAGGAAUAGCCUUGCAGAAAAAGCAGACCAAGAGCGCGCUGAGUUGGAAAGUAUGGCGGAGAACCUGCGCGGUAUAAACUGUUCCACUCGUGCAGAAUCCGUUAAUUUAGACAAUCUCUUCGAUUUCUUGGCGGAUGUCCCUGCCCAAAGGGGCGCACCAGAUGGACAACCAGCUCAUCAACCCACCAUCAAUGAGAUUGGGGACUCGAUUGAACGGCUGGCUGAUGAUUUGAAUCAGGAGUUGGAACACGUCCUAGCAGAAGAGAUGAGUGAACUAACCAAACACCCAGACCAACGGAAGCCUGAUGGUGCACCAUCUGAAGCCCUUCCCCCGCCACCACCACCCCCUAAUUCACUAGCCUUACACUCUAUACUACACCCGGCGACACCUGUCUCUAUUAAUGGUAUUGUCAAUGGGUCACCUGUGAAUAUGACGACUUCCAUGAACGGUCGCAUACCGAACGGCGAUGCGAUGUCAUCGUCUCUCAUUCUCCCACCACCUCCGGUAUCAGAGCCAUUGGUGGAAGGCUCUCCUGCCUUCCCGUCACCACCACAAUGCUCUUUACCAGAACCGGCGGGACCACCGCCGCCGCCCCCUAUCAAAGAUACCACACCACCAGAACUGACAAAUGGCAUCGUUCCGAACGGAAAGCUAGCUGUUAUCAAAGAUAAAGAACCUAUAUACGAAUCUGUUAUACCGAGACCGAAUGACACGGAACCCGUCAUAUUACCGCCACCACCACCGAUUUAUCCGCCAGAAAAUAAUGGCUUACCAAACAAAACGCCCGAUAUGGAACCGGAAGCGCCAUUACCGCCAUUACCUAGUAACGUGACGUCACCGGAACAAGUGGAGACACCUUCUGCGGCAAUGGAAUGUAUAAGUCCACCUCCCACGACUAAUGGCGAUGUUAGUAAUACCGAAAGAAGCGCUCGUAGAAAAGAACGAGUGGAACGUAGGUUACAUCAACUGGAAGCACCAGUCAGUACUGAUGCACCCGCAGAUACUGACUUGACUGAAUUUGCCAAACUAUACUUCAACGACCAUCCGCGAUCACCUGAAGGUACAAUAAUGGCAACAUUAACACGUAAAAGCAAGUCAAUGGAGCUGCUGACCAAAGAGGAAAUGAUAACAUACCACAAAGGCAAUAAUAUACCAACAUCGCAUAUACAACUUCAUGAUCCAGAUAGUGUGACAGCUGCGGUUAACAUUUUUAGAGAUCUCUGCCGUUACAUGAGAGGUGAGCUUACAUCUGAGAAAGAAACACAAGUAAUUCAAUCUAUCAUCUCCAAAGGCUUAGAACGCGAAGAACUCCGAGACGAAAUACUAGUGCAGUGUGUUCGGCAGAUUACCGAAUGUCCAGUAGAGGAAUGGGCUGAACGCGUAUGGCUCAUACUUUGCUUGUGUGCGGUUGCCUGGCAACCAAGUCGUGGACUAGCGCGAUACUACUGCGCCUGGCUUCGUUUGCGCGCGAAACCCGUGUUGGGCUCGCCCGGAGCUGGAUCUAUGACGUCAGUGGGAUCUGUGACGUCAAGCGCACGCGCAUCUCAUUGUGCGCAGUGGUGUUUGGAUAAUUGUAGAGGAGCAGCGCCGAGGCAACUCCCGCCUAGCACAGUCGAAAUUGCUGCAAUGCGCCGUCUCGGCACAAUAGUCUGCCGAUUCUUCUUCCUCGAUGGCAGAACUAAGGCCAUCGACGUUCAUCCUGCUGAUACGGCAGCAGCAGCCGCCGCUAGACUGGCCGAUAAGCUGGGAUUGCCGCCGCAGGCCCGCGCCGGUUGGGCCGUAUACCAGCAACGGGCUAGUACUGAAGAGCACGUUAGAGCCACACAGUAUCUGUAUGACGUCAUUGCUGCUUGGGAAAUGCAACAGGGACCUGGCGGUGGAUCAGCUGAUAAUCGGUUCGUGUUUAAAAGACGUCUAUUUCGAGGUGGGCGUGAACUUCCACAUGACCCGGUAGAGGUCGCUUUGCUGUAUGCCCAAGCUGUACAUAGCGUUGUCAAGAUGGACGAAUUCCCAGUGUCAGAAAAAGUGGCGUUACAAUUAGCGGGUUUACAAGCACAAGUGUCGUUAGGCGAACCUGCCGCUAGUCCCCCUCCACCUCACACCCGCGCCUAUUAUUCGCAUCCCGAACAAUUUCUUCCACCGCGAAUCGCCAAGACCAGGCCGGCACAUCAGUGGGCAACAAUAUUAGCCCAAGCUCACAGACAAUAUGGCGCGGGUAGAGCUGAGCUGACGGCAAAAGCUCUUUAUCUCUCUUGUGUCAUGCAGUACCCAUUGUACGGAGUGACUUUGUUCCCCGUCACCUAUAAAGGAUAUUGGGCACACGGUCCAAAUGUGUUACUCGGAGUGGGGUCAGAAGGGGUGGUUUUAGUCCGACCGGCUGAUAAAGUGGUUUUAGCGGAAUACCCAUAUUCAAACAUCGCAGCGAUACUCAUGGACCCUGUGGAUAACGGACUAACCCUCAGUCUGACGCAUCAUGGACAGCAUGACGGUCUUCGGUGUAUAGUCCUCGAAUGUGGCCAAAAACAAGAAGCGGCGUGGCUCAUGGCAGCGUAUAGCCCCACCCUCAGUAAUAGCCUGUCAGAAGAACCACCGAGGCGUGCGGCCCCAGUAAGCGAGCGUACACGUCUUGCGGGCGCAUUACGAUCAGCGCGUCGUGCCCUUAUCGAUGGCGGGCUUUUGAGGCGACCACCGGAUCUGUCCGCUGGUGGCUUCUUGAGAAAUACGCUAAGAAGACUAAGUAAGCACCGAUUAGAACGAGUUAGACUCGAUAUAUCAGCGGAGUCUCAAGGCGAAAGCUACAAAAGCUUCCCAGCGGCAUAUUGGUGUUGGGCCCGUACAUUGCCUCAUUCGCUCACUAAACUCAAUGAAGCUGAGGAAGUUGCUGCUAUGCAGAUCUUCAAGGAUAUAAUGAGUCACGCGGGCCUAACCAGCAACGAAGGCAGCAGCAGUAACCUCGCUAGUAACAGUAGCGUCAGCAGCCAUGAAAGCGACAGUGACGAUAGAGUGGCACUCGCGCAGUCACUGCUGCAACGAUGUCUGCAGAAAGACACCCUGCUUUGUGAACUGUACAUGCAACUUAUAAAACAGACAACAGACCAUCCAGAUCCCAGUUCCCGUGUAUCAGCGCGACACUGGGCAUUGCUUUGCGCUGCGGUUGGAGCCGCUUUGCCUCCUGCGAAGCCUCUUCGGAGGCUGUUAUUAGCUCAUUUAAGAUACCGAGCUGCUGCCUUGCAUACUGGAGAAGAGGGAAAGUUUGCUAGACGCGCAGAACAGGUGGCAUUAAGCAUAGCCCAAGUGCCUAGACGUGUAGCAGCACCUUCUAAAGAGGAGUUGCUUUGUGCGGCAGCGCGACGGCCAAUGCAUGUCCGAGUGUUGUUACUGGAUGGAAAACAACACGGCCUUGUAUUCGGACCGGCGGCUACGGCUGACCACCUUGUAGCCAUGCUGAGAGAGAAAAUUGGACUUACUGAUACCGCUACUGGAUACGCCUUAUACGAGGUAUGCGCCAACUCGUCCCCAGCCGGUACGGGCGAGCGUGCAUUGGGCGGGGCCGAACGUGUUGGAGACGUACUCGCUCGAUGGGAGAAGGCCGGCGCUACUGCGGCCGCUUGCAGGCUAGUAUUCAAGAAACGCCUGUUCCUUGGUGAACGGCCACUUCACAGUGCUUGUGGGGCGGAAUUAGAGUUAUUGUAUUACCAACUGCUGCAUGCUGUGAGACACGACCGCCUGCCCAUUGAAACUGACGAAGCGGUAAUGGUAGCGGCACUCCACGCCCAAGUAGUGAAAGGCGAAUGUUCUGGAGGAGAGGAAUGUGCUGCGGCGGCAGUAGCGGUACUUCCAGCAAGAUUGGCUCCAGGGUUACCAGCUCCGGCUGUGCGAUUGCACCACCUGGCUUUGCGAGGAACUCCACCUCAUGCAGCUAUGCAAAGAGCUUUGACGUUGGCUGCUUCUUGGCCACUUGCUAGGGCCACGAUAUUUGAUGUUAUGCAAUCAUUUACAUCGAACUGGCCUCGAGCCCUUUGGCUAGCGGUAGAUGCACGUGGGUUGACAUUAUUGCGACGAGGGUCUCGUGCUGCGUUGGUCUCUCACGACCAUGACCAGUUACUGGCUGUGUCACCAGCUCCAAGGGCUCUAUUACUCGUCACAAGGGCUGACAAGAAACACGCCAAGCUGGUGCUUUCUACAGACCAGGCAUACCAGAUCGCUACACUGAUAAAGGACUACAUAGAGGCAGUACGGGGCCCCGUGUGCCCCGCGGUGCCACAGCCAGGAGGCGCUCCACCCGCAUCCUGACAUCCGCACGCCUAGUGCCAUUGCUUCCACGUCAGCCACUGAGCUACGGCCGGUGACGGCUACACGGUGUGACAGGGAUUGACGACCGUACCUUACUUUGGCAUUGCUGGAAAAUACUUAAUUUGCUGGGAAAUACCUGAUUUGCUGGAAAAUACUUGAUUUCUUGGAAAAUACUUGAUUUGUUGGAAAAUACUUGAUUUGCUGGAAAAUACUUGAUUUGUUGGAAAAUACUUGAUUUGCUGGAAAAUACUUUCUUUGCUGAAAAAUUCUUAUUGUGGGUAAAUAAUUUGCUGGAUUAGUGAUACGAUUGAAGACACGAGUUUGUCACGUGUUUAAUCUGUUCGAUUAAACUCUCCUUCCUUAUUCAUUAACUUAAAGCCCCAAUUUAUAUUGAAUGUUAUGUCCUUAUCAUAUUUAUGUCAAAAUAAAUAUAUAAGUCUAGUUGGGGCUUUACGUUAAUGAAAAAGACCGUAUUUUUACGAAGCUAACACACACAAUAGCUGUGUCUUUAUGAGUUUCGAGGUAACAAAUUUCAUUUGUUUUCGGAAUUUCGCUUCGGAUUUUUGAGAACAAAUUAGGUAUCAUAUGCUUAGUAGUAGCACUAAACUUUGUAGCUGUUGUAGAAAUACAAUUUCUAAAUUCUUUGCCUUUAUCGCUACUUACUUUUCUCUCAUAUUAUAGCUUUUUGAAUAACUUCCUCCCAUUUUCCUUACUAUCGUCUCUUAAUUACAACUUUUAAAUCUCAUUUUUACAGUAACUAUGAAGUUUAGCCGUUAGGUAAUUGUUAUGUAAAUCGACAUCAUGGUGGAAUUUACUACUCUACCUUUUAAUAAUUUUAGUGUGCCUAGAUAAUUUUGUAUUAGCGCAUUUUAUUGUAGAUUUAAUUUACGGUCGUGAAGUAAAUGUUUGUAUAGUCUUUUAAACUAAUUUUACGCUAGAUAUAUUUAAACAUGCUAGUCUUUGUAUUGAUUAGUUAGUAAAAUCUCACCUUUGUUCCAUUUACUUCAAAGAUUUGACAGGUCAAGAUUGACAUUCGUAGCCAGAUGACGGGGAAGCAAAAGCGCGGGCAACCUGAAUCCAUAGAUUAUUCCUCUCUCCUCACGUCGUUACAUGUGAAUUACAGUGUAAUGAACUACAUAAAUUAUAUCAGUAUUACUAAUAAAAUGUUUUAUGUGAACAGUUUAAUCAUAUUGUUAAGAAUUGGGUGUUAGAUAGUAUACAAAUCUUAUUCCCCUUUUAGUCUGUGCUUAACUGUCUAGAUGUUGCUAUCGAUUUUUGGAUCUAAUACGAUUAGAAUAGCGCGGAACAAUCUUAUCUUAGGCGAGGUGUCUUUAUCUUGAAUCGCUAAUACAUUUAAUAUCGAAACUACAAGGCUGUUGAAUGCACUCAAUUAUAUACUCCAACGUCGAUAGGUCCCUAUAGAGCUAGAACACACCCUAAAUCUCAUAAUAUUACUUAAUUUGAUGAAUAAUAAUCUCUGUAGAUGAAUAUAUAGUUACUACAUCCUAAUCGUAAGAAAUCAUAUCAGCUAAUUCCUACUGUUAACCCUCCUUUGCUUCGGUGAACUUUCCUGUACUGUUGAGUACGUAGUAUAGUAUAUUAUCUGUUUUCGAUUGCGAAUAAUUUUAUUCUGAUGUCUUAUUUUGUGCCUUGUAAGUUGUAACGCAAUGUCGCUGACCGGCCAAAAUUUAAUCAAAAUUAAAAUGUAGCUAGUGUAAAAUGUUAAAGAAACAAAGCUUUUUUGGCGUCAAUUACUCUAAAUCAAAGUGAUUUGUUAUUUACUCGCCGUCAGCGCAUUUGCAUAUAAUCAGUGAGCCUGCUGCAAAUAAAUUAAAAUUGUUCCAAAUAUAUCUUCUAUCUUGCAUAUUAUGACACUAUAUUGCACAAUGUUAUGUCUCAAUAUUUUAUGAUAAAAUAUAUAAAUAGUAGAUAUUAAAAGUAAAGCAAAUCAUGCUUCUGUAAUGUUAAUUGUCUGUUUAUUUUGAUUUAGGCCUAUUUGGUGCUUAGAUAUCAUUAAGAUUGAGUUUUUGAUCUCAUAUUGAGUAUUAUUUAUUGUCAUAUCAUGAAUAUGGUCAAUAAUAUUUUUUUUAUUUAUUUUGAUAAUUUGUAUAUAAUUGAUAAACCAAAGACUUUGAUCCCUUUGGAUAGAUUUUUGUUUGACAAUAUACAUUUUUAGUUAUUUUUUAAGAAUAUGUAUAUAGAGAUAGACUAACUGUUAGGAUUACUGACAUAAUUGGAUAAAAUAUAUUAAAAUUUGACAAAAUAUGAACAUUAUUAUACUCAUGUUAAAGCAAUGAGAAUAGAAUUAAAUGUUAUUGUACUGAAAUGACAUAAUAUUGCUAUAAAUAUUUAACUAAAAAUCUUGGGAAUACUUAUUUAGUCGCAAAUAAAAUCUUUCAAGAAAUAUCUAGCCGUCAAUACCAGUAGGGUUGUAGGCAUUAAUGAACAUCAUGUAUUCAAAAUAUUUCAUGAAUUAAGUUUGAUUUGUUAAAAAAGGCAGUUUUAUAAAUGAAUGUUUCUAUAAUGUGGCAAUGCUCAUAGCAUAUAUUCUUCCAACAGGACUGUCAUACUUCCUUUAUCAUAGAUCAAUAUUUUCAAAAUGAUUUGGUUAACAAGUGUAUGUUAUGUGUAGAUUUAAGAUAUUUAUGAACAAUAAAACUGAAGCACCAUAAUACUGCCCAAAUAGACUGAUUAUGUCCAAAUAUUUUCUCUUUUGAUGAUUUUUGUGUUAACUAAAUGUCCCAACUAAUUAAAUGCCAAAUAAAUGAAACAAUAAAGUU